ACGACCCAAGUUUCCGGGGACGCUAUUUACAGUUACUCCUAGGUUCCCCAUGUGAGGAAAAAAAUCAUGGCGACGGGGGAUACCAGUAACACGUUGGAGAGCUGUAUGAGUAUUCUUAACGAUAAAACAGCACAUCCAGAACAUUUUUUAAGUCUCCAGGAUGGCUUGGCAGCAGACUUCACAGCCCUCACAAAGACUCUGUACGAUUUGCACAAAGCCCAGCAGCCGGCCGGCUUCAAGAGCAGCCCGCUGGACCUGCUGGUAGUGGAGAACUUCGACGAGGAGCAGAUCUGGCAAGAGCUGGAGCUGCAGAACUGCCCUGCGCUCGGACAGUUUGAGGAGGCCGUGAGCCAGGUUACCGUGGACACAGGCCUCAGCCUUGUAGCAGAGGCCGAGGACGAAGGAGCCGCCGAGGAAGAUGACGAUGAUGACGACGACGAGGAUAAGGAUCUGAGUGAUGAGAUGGAUGAAGGUGAGGAAGAGGAGGAGGAGGACGAGAAUGACGCGGAACUCGGGAACGAGGAUGGAGACGGGUUCUCCGACGAGGACUCGGAUGUGGACUUUGACGUGGACGCGCUGGAGAAGAAGGCCAAGCAGAAGAUGGGCCAGAAGGGUUCUGCUGCCCAGAAGGGUUCCGCACCCAAACCUAAGUGGACGGAGCCGUCUGAGGUGGACGACAAGUUCUUCAAGCUGUCCGAGAUGGAGGCCUUCCUGGACGACAUGGACCGACGAGAGGGCAAAGACGACAAGGGCGGUGAAGACGUAGAUUACUUCCAGGACUUGCCCUCUGGAGAUGAGGAGGAAAUGACCUUUGAUAAACCAACGGUAUCAAAACGACAGAAACAGCAGAAAAGCUCACGGAACCUGAAAUAUAAAGACUACUUUGACUCGGUGGAUGAAACACAAACUCAGAACACAGCAGAUGAGGAAGACGAGGGGGAACCUGAUGAGGGUGGUGAGGAUGACGAAGAGUUUGAUGAAGAAGACAUGGAUGAGGAGGAAUUUGAUUUAGAGGCGGACGACAUCAACGACGAGGAGAGCAGACAGGCCAGAGACGCUCUGAAGAGAGUGACCUUUGACCUUCCAGAGGAGAGCGAGGGUGAAGAUAUGGAAGAUAUCUUUGGAGGGAAAUCAAAGUCCUCCGAUUCAAAGUCUUCAUUUGAGAAACGUCAGGACAAGAUGGCGGAGCGGAUCAGCGAGCUGGAGAACACGGCGCUGGAGGAGAAACCAUGGCAACUGACGGGCGAGGUGACUGCUCAGACCCGACCGGAGAACAGCUUGCUGGAGGAAGACGUGGCGUUCGACCAGGCGUCCAGAAUGGCCCCUGCUAUCACUGAAGAAACGACCAUGAAGUUAGAAGAAAUUAUCAAGCAAAGAAUAAAGGACCAGGUGUUUGAUGACGUGGUGCGGAAGGAGAAGCCGAAGGAGAAUGUGUUUGAGUACAAGAAGCGGCUCACGCUAGACCACGAGAAGAGUAAGCUCAGCCUGGCAGAGGUCUACGCACAGGAGUACGUCAAACUCACAGAGGAGAAGACGGAGGAACAAGAAAACCCAGCCCAUGUUGAGAUCCAAAAGAUGAUGGACUCUCUCUUCCUGAAGCUGGACGCUCUCUCCAACUUCCACUUCACACCUAAACCGACCAUUCCCGAGGUGAAGGUGGUCUCCAACAUGCCCUCCAUCGCCAUGGAGGAGGUGGCACCCGUCAACGCCAGCGAUGCCACGCUGUUGGCACCGGAGGAAGUUAAGGAGAAGAACAAGGCUGGGGACCUGCUUGGCGACUCGGAGAAGACGACCACCGAUAAGAAGCGAGAGCGGCGACAGAAGAAGAAGGUGAAGAGGCUGAAGAUCCAGGACAAGGAGAAGAGACAGAAGGUCAAAGCGGCCAAAACUGGAGAGAACAUCAAGACCUCCAAGACCUCCAAGACCUCCAAGGCCGAGGUGGCCGACACGCUGAAGAAGCUGACCAAAGGAGGCAAAGCCAAGAUCCUCACGAAUGACGGCAUGGACAAGGCUCUGCGGUCCUCGCAGGCUUUCUUCUCGCAGCUGCAGGACCAGGUGAAGUCGCAGGUGAAGGGCUCCAAGGAGCAGAGCGGCAAGAAGAGCAAGAAGAACCAGAAGGAGAUCUCUGGCAGCAAGCUCAAGUUGUAGCCCGCAGACUAAACGCUCUGGCUUAUAGUCAUGUACAGAUCUUUUUUUUUUAAUUAAUGUUAUUAUUAUUCAGAUGAUAUUACCUGUGAGUCCACUUCAUCUUGUCAUAAGAAAUUAAAGAGUCCCCUUGAUUUGUAAA